GUAAGACUUGGUGCACGUCACAAAAAAGCGGCGUGACGUUGGAGCAGAGCCACGAUGACGCCGUACGAAAUAGUAGUCUGUCGUCGUCUUGGCUUGGCUAUGUGAAUCUAUGCUUCACUCACAUUAGGGGGAAACUUCACCGUGGUAGCGGUGUACACCACGUGCCGCUGCUCUAAGGAGUAGUCCUCGAUUUGUCGCUUAUCGUCCUGAGACUCCGCUCAGUGCUCCGAUCAGUGCGUCGGCGUCUCAGUCUCGCAGACGAUGAUGAUGUUGAUCUUCUUUUCUGAAUUCUGACGAGGAGGAGGCCAAGCGGGCCAAAUCGUCGUCGUCUCCUAGAGGGGAAGCUGUAACGGCUGAGAAAAAAGACCUAAAUUGUUUUAUAGUAUAUAUAUAUAUAUAUAUAUAGAUAAUUGUCUUUCUAGUUCCAAUCUCUCAACACGUUUUGCACUGCCUUCGUCCAUACCCCAACACCAGAAUAGUGGAAGACUAGUAUUGUCUGGAAGGUCGGAGCUCGAAUGUUAGGUACAAGAAUGUCAGAUACAAUGCAGAAGAAGCACAAGAAAAGAAAGGGUGAUCGUGGGAAGUAUGCUAAUUUAGAUGACAUUCCAGAUGAUAUCAUAGUUGGUAUACUGUCUCUGUUGCCGUUAAAGGAAGCAGUAGCUACCAGUGUCCUCUCAAGCCGAUGGCGGUAUCUAUGGAGGUUUACAAGAAUGUCUCUGGAUUUCGAUGUUGAUCAUGUAACUCCGAAGUAUGGCACCCUCACUUGUCUUAGUCAUGUAACCAAAUAUUUGAAUAAGAAUAGGAAAACCUACAUCAGGUGGGUUAAUGAGGUAGUAGACCAACACUCAGGAGCUAUCGAAUCAUUGAGGGUUUGCUAUUACUUGCGUCGCAGGCAUAAAAAACACAUUGAUAGGUGGAUUAGGUUUGGUUUGAGAUCUAAUGUACUUGAAAGGCUUGAGUUGGAUUUUUCAGAACGUUAUCCAUUUUGUAAUGACAUGAAGAGAUAUCUGUACAAGUUUUUCCCCAAUUUUUUUUGUGUGAAAUAUGUUGGAUUCAAGACCAUGAAAGUGCUUUCUCUGAGGCACGUCAGUAUACGUGGAGAAGAGAUUGAAUACUUGUUGUCAAAUGCCACCCUUCUUGAGCGAUUAGUCCUCGAAGAGUGCCAAAAUUUGUCACAUUUAAGAGUUUGUGGACAUUCACUUGCAUUGAAGCAUUUGGAGAUCGUUGCUACUGGCCGCAACUUGCGAAGGGUUGAAAUUUGUGAUUUAGUAAAUCUUGUCUCAUUCUACUUCAAAGGGGAUUUUAAGAACUAUGCUCGUAACUUCAUUCUCAGGAAUUUGCCUUUGCUUGUUGAUUUUCAUAUUGGUCCUUCCAAUUUUUACAGAGACCUCUUUUCUUACUUUUCUUGCUGGCUUCCUCAGAUUCAGUUUCUCAGAAUGACCGAUAUUCCUAAGAGAAAGGUGUACUCUAAUUAUGACUAUGAGUAUCCUAUAUUACCAAAUAUUAAGCGAGUACAUUACACAUUAGUUCACUGUGGAUUUGAAAACUGCGGUGGACUCCGCAAUUUACGUUUUAUAAUGAAAGCGUUCCCAAAUUUAGAGAGACUUGAACUACAUGUGCCAUCAGAUGAUCACUCUUACAGUGAUAGAAAUCGACAUAAUUGGCCUGCGGAAGUUCCAAAUUGCCCCCAUUAUCAACUCAAAGAAGUGGAAAUAUUUAGCUAUAAUUAUUUCUUAGGUGAUAUGGAGCGUGUCCUCUAUCUCAUAAAGCAUGCUGUUGCAUUAGAGAAAAUCAUUGUCAAUUGCAAGUGCAAUCAACGUCUAAAACGAUUCAAGACCAAGCAACAGUUAUUCGAAGCUGAAGAAAUUUCAAAAUCCCACGCAAUGACUCAACUUCAACCACAAAUUCCUUCUCAUAUUGAAUUUAUACUCCGAUAAUUGACAUUUAUUUAAUAGAUUUAUAUUUAUAAAUAGUUAAUUUCCUCUUCUACUUUA